CCCCGUGGUGGCAGAGUUAUUUCCCAGUGCUGUGCAAACCUUGGGAUCUGUGCUGUCAAAUCCAUUGGCCCCACAGCUCCUGCCCCACACUCUGCACCGGGGGGGCUCCAGGCAGAGCUCACGGAUGUUCCCCAAACCCCACACGCUGGUUCUGCCACUGCCAGCUCUGCCCUCUGAGAGCUCAGCACUGCUGUGUGGGAACAACAACAGCCAGGGGCUGGGGAACACCGACACCUCAGGAACACCAACAGCCAGGGCUCAGGAACACCGAGGAGACUCAGUUUUCUGUCUCAGCACAGAAAAAAGGAAAAGAACUUCAAGUGUUUUUAGGACUGAGGACAAACAAUCUCCCUUUAGAACUGUUCCCAGAGGAGCAGAGGAGGGACUGUCCCUGUCCCUGCAGCGGGGCUGUUUCAGCAGUGGUGGGACUGUCCCUGUCCCUGCAGCGGGGCUGUUUCUCAGCCUGUAACCCUUUGCUGUUGGGGCCUGUGCUCUCCCUGCAGGAGAGGCCAUGGAACAAGGCCUCCGGGACUGCUGCCGGUCCAUCCGCAUCGGGAAGAUCCUGAUCCAGAGCGACGAGGAGACCCAGCGAGCCAAGGUGUACUACGCCAAGUUCCCUCCAGACAUCUACAGGAGGAAAGUGCUGCUGAUGUACCCAAUCCUGAGUGACAGAGCAGGGAAUUAUCAGGCUGUGCCAGGACACACAUCAGUCAGCUGCACCAGUGGGAAUGCAAAGCAAAUCCUUUGGCCAUGGUGGUGUUUGGAAGAAAGGCUGAAGAUUAAGACUUGCUGUUAA